CCGCGUGCGCGGAGACCCUUGCAUUGUGGCAGCAGGAAGCAGCCGCACGUAGAGCACUGCCGCCGCGCUCCGCCGCUGCCAGCUGCAGGUAUAUAAAGAGGCUCGGCGACUCCGCAGCGCGCUGACAGCGAGAGGACGCGGAGCAGCUGGACAUGCCUGUGACCGGAGCAGGAGUCCACCACGGCGGAGGCGCCGCGCCUGCGUCACCUACAGAUGGAAAUCAUGCCAGCAUGAAUUUCCAGCCCAACAAAGGCCACCAGCAGUCUGGUAAUGGGUGCAACCACCCGGGUUCAAAACAGAAUCACAAAUCACAGCCUGUGGAUGGACAGGACACGCAGGCCCUGCCCAUGCCCAUCCCAGACCUAGCAGUUCAGUACACCAAGUUGUUCAUCGAUAACGAGUGGCAAGAGUCUUGUAGCGGUAGAAAGAUACCUGUGUAUAAUCCCGCUACAGGGGGACUGCUGGUUGAAGUAGAGGAGGCUGAUGCAGAAGAUGUGGAUAAGGCAGUGAGGAGUGCCAGAGCCGCCUUCCAGAUGGGGUCACCAUGGCGAUCCAUGGAUGCCUCAGAUCGAGGUUAUCUUCUUAACAGACUUGCAGAUUUAGUGGAAAGAGACCGGCUACUUCUAGCAACAAUGGAAGCUCUGGAUUCUGGCAAAGUGUUCCUCAUGGCUUAUUUUAUAGAUCUGAAGGCCACAAUCAAAACCCUGAGAUAUUAUGGUGGCUGGGCCGACAAAAUCCAUGGCAAAACCAUCCCUGUGGAUGGGAAUUAUUUGACCUAUACACGACAUGAGCCCGUUGGAGUGUGUGGCCAGAUCAUUCCUUGGAACUUCCCACUGAUGAUGUUUGCAUGGAAGGUUGCUCCGGCUCUGUGCUGUGGGAACACUGUGGUCAUCAAACCUGCUGAACAGACCCCGUUAUCCGCCCUGCAUAUGGCUGCACUCAUCAAAGAGGCUGGAUUUCCCCCAGGUGUGGUGAACGUGGUGCCGGGUUAUGGUCAGACGGCGGGGUCUGCCAUUGCCCACCACAUGGACAUAGACAAAGUGGCUUUUACUGGGUCCACUGCCGUUGGGAAACUCAUCCAGAAGGCUGCAGGCGACAGCAACCUGAAAAGAAUUACACUAGAACUCGGUGGCAAGAAUCCAACUAUUGUCUUUGCAGACUGUGACUUGGAGUACGCAGUGGAGCAGGCCCACAGCGGCCUGUUCUUUAACCAGGGCCAGUGCUGCCUCGCUGGCUCCAGGGUUUUUGUGGAGGAGUCCAUUUAUGAAGAGUUUGUUCGCCGCAGUGUGGAAAAGGCCACAUCCAGAGUCCUGGGAAACCCGCUGCUGCCGGAGGUAGAUCAGGGACCGCAGAUCGACCAGAAGCACUUUGAUAAGAUAAUGGCUCUCAUAGAGAGCGGUAAGAGAGAGGGAGCCACACUGGAGUGUGGGGGGUCUGCGUGGGGUCAGCAAGGACUUUUUAUCCUGCCCACCGUCUUCUCUGGUGUGACGGAUGACAUGCGCAUUGCCAGGGAAGAGAUUUUUGGCCCAGUGCAGCAGAUCAUGUCCUUCCGCAGCGUCCAUGAAGUCAUCCAGAGGGCCAAUGCCACACAAUAUGGCCUGGCAGCGGGGGUGUUCACCAACGACAUUGACAAAGCCCUGACAGUGUCCUCUGCUCUGCAGGCUGGCAUGGUCUGGGUGAACUGUUACAAUGCCAUGAGUGCGCAGUGUCCAUUUGGAGGCUUCAAGAUGUCUGGGAGCGGCAGAGAACUGGGAGAAUAUGCUCUUCAGGAGUACACGGAGGUCAAGGCAGUCACCAUCAAGAUCUCACAGAAGAACUCAUGACAGCACGACCUUUUGAAUUUCUGGCUUCAAGUACACGUCACCUGAAUGUUUUAAAGGCAUUGUUGAGUCUGUUACUCAUUGAGCAUUUAUUCUUUAGUCUCUAAUAUUCCCUGUUGUUUAUAAAGUCAAUGUUGUGUGUCUGUGACUUCAUUUUAUGAACUAUGUUGUUUUAAAGUGUCUUGGUUCUUCAUGCAAUCUGUGUCAAAUAUUUCAUUUUACUAGUGGACACUUUUUUUGUCAUGUUAAUGUCUCAGGUGUUGUUUAUUAAAGACAGUAGUUUUUUGUUCAGCAAAGACACUCAUUCGCUGCAAUUUGUCAGAAAUAUUUUUAUCAGAUGUUUUAAAAAAAAUAAAGUGCUUUUAUAAACCAUUCAGAAGACAAGAUAAAUGAAAAGGAAGGAUUAGUGAUUGUACACAUAUAAACUGAUGAGUUCACCCAGUUAUUGAAUAGUUGAGAAAUAAAUGCAAUAUAUGAUGUUUAUAAGCAGUAAACCUUAUAUUUAGU